CAUCUAUCACGUUCGCUGAACAUUCCAGAUUUCAUAUGAAAAUGUCAAAGGUUAAACUUGAAGUUUGUGUUGACAGCCUGGAGUCAGCAGCGGCGGCCCUGCAAGGGGGUGCCGAUCGACUCGAGUUGUGCUCUUCUCUGGCAGAUGGAGGGCUAACUCCUACCCCCGGUUUGCUGAUCCAAGUUCAAAAUUUAAAUUCCAGAAAUGUUCCAGUUUAUUGUCUUUUGCGUUGCAGACCUGGAAAUUUUAUUUAUACUCCUGAUGAGAUUGAAAUUAUGAAAGAAGACGCGAAAAUAUUACGCAGAAAUGGAGCUGACGGGUUUGUUUUUGGGAUCCUGAUGGAAAAUGGGGAUGUUAAUAUGAAAUUGUGUCGUGAAAUCAUCAAAUAUUGCCAUCCUCUUCCUCUCACAUUCCAUAGAGCUUUUGAUUUUUGCAGAAGGCCUACUAUUGAGGUUGAAGUCAUCAUCGAUUUGGGUUUCCAAAGAAUUUUAACAAGUGGAAAGCAACGUACAGCGCAAAUGGGUGUCAAACUGAUUAAAAAACUCAUGGAGCAAGUGGGAAAUAGAAUCAUAAUCAUGCCUGGAGGAGGAGUCAACAAAGACAAUGUUAAAUUCAUCUUGGAAAACACUGGUGCUACAGAAAUCCAUGGUUCGUUUAGUUCUCCGAAAGAACCUGAAACCGAGAGACCAGAAGAGGACAGCGAGGCUGUAGUGGGAAACAGGGAGGCUCCUAUUAUGGUAACUAACGAAAAUACUGUGACCGAAAUAGUAAAUAUGUUAAAAGAGGUGUAAGUUAUUUAAUGUUGUCAAAUGUGUAUUUUUCUUAAAAGUGCUAUUUUAACAUAAAUGUAUAACAAAUACUUCAAUGUGUAUAAUAAAUUUGUUUCUGUGAAACUGGUAUGUAAAACAGAUAAUAAAAUAUGUCUAUGUUGAA